UUAAGCAACAGUAGUUUAGAGUGAGAGAAGGUGAGAUCCACAGGGCAGUGCUCAGCCCUCACUGCAGCUGCUGCCUUGCCAGCUCCAAGAUAUUCCAAGGGAUGUAGUGCCAGAGGCAAAGGAGCUGCCAUCUUCUCUGUGCUGUAGUGGCUGGGCCUGCUGCUUUUUUUAGGGUUUUUUUUCUGGUUUGGUUUUGUACCUUCCCUUCUCCCUCCUCAUUCACCAAACUUUGAAAAAAAGGGGGAACAGGGCUGUUUCCCUUUUUUCCUCUUCAAGCUAUGCCCCCCCAGGAGCUUCUGGAUUAUUCACCCACCCUUCGAAGAAGCAGUACCCCAAGGGGCAGUGGCCCACAGCUGGGCAUUAAAUGUGUCUUGGUCGGUGAUGGAGCCGUGGGCAAGACCAGCCUGAUCAUUAGCUACACAACAAACGGAUACCCCGAUGAGUACGAGCCCACUGCCCUGGACACCUUCUCAGUGCAGGUUCUGGUGGAUGGAGCCCCUGUUCGGAUCCAGCUCUGGGACACAGCAGGACAGGAGGAUUUUGAUUCCCUCAGGUCACUCUGUUACCAUGACACUGAUGUCUUCCUUGUCUGCUUCAGUGUGGUGAACCCCAGCUCCUUCCAAAACAUUACUGAGAAAUGGAUCCCUGAGAUACGGACUCACAACCCCCAAGCACCAGUGCUCCUGGUGGGGACGCAAGCUGACCUGCGGGAUGAUGUCAAUGUACUCAUCAACCUGGACCGUUACCAUGGGAGGCCUGUGCCCAAGCUUCAAGCUGAAGGCCUGGCAGAGAAAAUCCGGGCUCAGACCUACCUGGAGUGCUCAGCUCUGACUCAAAAGAACCUGAAAGAAGUUUUUGACACAGCCAUUGUCAGUGCAGUGGAGCACAAAGCCCGGCAGGAAAAGAAGAUGACAGCGAAAGGGAUCAAAACCCUCUCCAAGUGUCGUUGGAAAAAAUUCUUUUGCUUUGUCUGAAGCUGGCUUGGAAAAACACCUUAUGCCAGUGUUGACUGUGGAGAGCCAUGUGACUGCACCAAUGGCUCCAGCAAGGAAGGUGCUGUGAGCUGUUGAGCAUCAGAGACUUGGCUCUUGCUGGGUUAUAGUCACAGGUUGGGAGAAAUGAAAUGGACUUCCAUUGCAUCGCGUUAUCAAAUGGUCCCUUUAGCUUUAAGCAUCUGAUGGACAUGUCUGUGAUGUCCCAGAUUGAUAGGAGCCUUUAUUACACUCAGACUUGGGCCUAAAGAACAAGCAUGUUCGUUGUGUCAGCUAUGCCCGGUAUGACCAGUUUCAUUUGUGAAAGCCAACAAAAUCUUCCAAAAUCCUGUCCCAGCAUAAUCUAACUCUUAGACCUUGAGAUGGAUUCUUGAGAGCUGGCUCUAUUCUGGCCAUUCUAAAGUCUUGGUCGAGAAGAGGGAAGGGGUCUUUACAGGCGAUACAACCAAGAGGCUUGGUAGGGGCUGCUCUGUUGAAACAAGUAGGACUUAAGAGGCUUCUCCUCACAUUCUGAUCACUAAUGGGGAUCGUGUCAUCAAGAUGUGAUAGAGCCAUGCUCUUACAUUUGUAAAGAUAGUGUGCCAUGUGCUGAUAAUAUCCUUGGGAAAGGGCUUUCCUAUGAGGCAUAUCCUGCAAAGAGACCAGUGGCUAUCUGAGGGAAAGCACAUUGCAAGCUGCAGUCAUCCUGAAAGCAAAACAUUUCCUAAAGAGGGCUCUAUGGUACAAUGAGUUACCAUGCUACAGCCACAUGCUCCAAAGUGAUCACUCCUUUUGGGUGCCCAUCUGGAAAUGCCUGAUGUUCAGAGAUGCUGAGGAGUGGGACUGCUGGGCCUCAGCACCUCUGGACAGCAGGCACAAAGACAGUGCCUGAUGAGGGGUUUAUAAUGAAACAGGGGAGUGCAGUGGUGUUGAGGGAGAGAAGGAAAAGCAUGUAAUGGAAGGAAAAGUGAGAUGUGAAGUGAAGCUGAGAAGGAAGGAUAUAGGGGAAGGAGAGGAUAGAAGGAAAGGAGGAAGGAUAUAAGGGAAGAAGAGAGAGGAAGGAAAGGCAGAAGGAUAUAAAGGAAGGAGAGGAAGUAGAGUAAGGAAGGAAAAGGGAAGGGAAAGAAUAAAAGAGGAGCAAGAGAAAGGGGAGGGGAAAAAGUUAUUCCAUUAUCAUACCUGUAGGAUUUUGCUUACAAUGAAAACUUCAGUGAACUCCCUUUUUAAAAUGGUUUUCUUCAGUUUCAAAAUUCAGGAAAAAAUAGUGUGUGGGGGGGGGAGACAGGAAAACCAUCUAUUUAGAUGAUGUCUGGCAGAACAGGAGAGAACCCCUUAUACUGCUCAAACCUUGAGGUUUCAGAGUAAGAAUUGAGGGUUCCCAGGCUCCUCCUUUCUGUUCUCAGGAGUUAGAGUAUGAGCCACUGAGGUGAGAAGCAAAGGGAACUCUUAAAAGGUCUGCUCUAUGACCUCCCAGCAAAGGACCCCCCUUUGUGCGUGAGUCUCUAUGGCCCGGAGAGCGGGGCGAGUUUCCCAGUGCUGUUACUAAUCCUUCUUGUUGCUCCAUUUCUAAAAAAAAUUAUUACCCCAGAGACAUUUCAAUCUAGUUUGCAGGCUAGAGAACACCACAGGCCUGUCAUGCAACACUUUGGAGCGUCUGGGGGUACUCUGCACCUGGCACUCAAAUGUCCCUUUGGUCACUCUCUCUCUCUGGAAUAAUGGCAGGCCAGGGAUUGUUUACUCUCACAUAUACUUCUUGCCUAGGCUGACUGUAAAAACCACAGCAUUUCACACAGGUGGCUAAAAUGUGAUCCAUAGACUCUAGUCCAAAUGCCACUCAGAUGACAGUCACCAUCAUCUUUAACACAGAGGUACAGUCCUCUGAGAGUAGAGGCCCAAGCAUGCAUGCAGCCAGAUCACUUGAAUUAAGCUGGAGCAUUGCAUAUGGAGACCAGUAGUCUCCACUGGCUGCAUCCUAUAUUAAAGCUGACCACGACUGCAAUUGUUUCUUUUUGUGAAACUGGGUGUGGCCCUUCUGAAAUGUCACUGAGUUCAGCUGGAUCCAGUCAUGCAGGGCUAACCUGUGGAGAACAGGGAUCAGUAAUUAGAAGUGAAGAGAUGUCCUGAGUUAUUUUGUCAUUAUAUCAUGAUGGGCAGGGCACUGUCAGUCAAAAUCACUUUCAGUCAUAAAUAUAGUAUGCCAUGUCUUUCCUCGCUGUGUAGGACAGCCAGUCUGUGUAACUAGUUCAGUUUGUAGGCUGGGACUUUGUGCAUUUCUAUAAUGUAAGAACAUGCUCUGAAACUGGGUCGAUAAGGAGAAUGCACCCUGAGCCUGAAGAGACAAUCCAAGGUGAAGGUACCUGCAGGAGCUCAUUGGGAGUGCUGGACUACGCUGGUUCCCCAGUGCAGAGUGAGUGCUGCGGGGAGAGCAAGCGCGGACCAUAAGUAGCUCUGUACGGACAAUGGGAUUGCUUUGUCCCAGUAAGGAAGCUGCAUUUAGAGCUGCUUUCAUUCACUGUUUACCAUGUCUAAUGUUUGUUGAAAUAAAAUGGUCUUAUUUGAGAG